CCGCGGAGGUCCACCGCCAUUGGUCCGGAAUCCCGCAGUAACCAGGGGAACUGCAAACAGUGUACAGUCCGCUUCCGGUUCCACCACCCGGAACCGCCGCCUCUAGGGAUGGACGGUCAGACUCUGCGGAAGGCUGAGAGAAGCCGGUCCUGCUCACGGGAGAAAAAGGAGGGUUGCACUAAGGACAUGGUGACAGACUUUGAUGAGAAGCAUGAUGAGUAUUUAAUAUUGCUUCAGCAGAGAAACCGGAUAUUAAAGCAUUUGAAAACCAAGGACCCCACGCAAUUGAGGCUAGAGCACCUGGAACAGGGGUUCUCUGUCUACGUCAACGGGGCCAAUUCUGAGCUGAAGACCUCACCUCGGAAAGCUGUCCACGCUGACUUCUCCAGAAGUGCCUCCCACACCGAGGGGACUCACGAUUGCGGACGAAGAACCCUGUUUCGAGAAGCUGAAGAUGCUUUAAGACGCAAUUCACGGACGGCCCCCAGCAAAGUCCAGCGCCGAGGAUGGCACCAGAAAUCUGUGCAGAUCAGAACAGAAGCUGGCCCGCGGCUCCACAUCGAACCCCCUUUGGACAGUGCGGAAGAUUUUGAGCCAUGUGGGGAUGUGACUGUCAGGGAAAAGGAUGCUUCUAGGGACCGUCCACAGGGUACCAAAUCUCCCACCAGCACCACGCCCUGUGAUUUUAAUUUCUCCCUUCCGAACUCACAUGGACACCUUGACCCUCCAAGCUGUACGGACAAAGAAAGGAUCCUCUUAACUAUUCAGGAUGUAAUGGAGCUAAGAAGAAGCCUGGAACUUAGUGUAAAUCUACAAAGGAAAGAAAAGGAUUGUUCCAGCGACGAGUAUGACUCUAUCGAAGAAGACGUACCCUCUGAGCCAGAGCCCGAGGAUCAUCCUAGAGAUGACCCCCCUCCUUCCAGUGGGGACCCAGGCCAGAAGGAUGUUUCCGAAGACCCGGAGACAGAAAGACACCCUUCCCAGGGCCCAGACACCCUCGUAGUGCUGGAGUUUAACCCGGCUUCCGAAAGUAAGAAAAAGGAAAGGAAUUUGUCUGCUAAGCGGAAGGACAAUGCUGAGGUCUUCAUUCCCAGCAAACCUGAGCCAAAUCUGAAUCCCCAGCCCCCAACCGUGUUCCCAGACCAGGAGAGGGCAUGCUCAAGACCUGGAAGCCACCGAGACAGACCCCUGUCAGCAACCCGAAAACCUGUGCACGAGGCUGAGGACCGAAAGGAAGAUGCCUCAGCUGUGCUCAGAGCCAUCCAGGUGGAGAACGAGGCCCUGCAGAGGGCAAUCUUCAGCAGAAAGGCCGAGGCCCCCACCAGCCCGCGGCAGGACACAGAAGGACCACUAGCAAAAUCUUGGGCCAGCCUGCUGAAGGAGGAGACCCCUGAGCUGCCUCCCAUCUCUGCAGCGAUGAGCACGCAGGAGCUGUCCCAGGCAGCAGGGGGCGCCAGAGCCGUCAGUGAAGCCAUCGACAGAAUUGGCCUUUUGGGCAGCAGACAACAGCAGAAGCUUCUGAAAGUCCUCCAGGCCAUCGAAAGCGACUCUGCCCAUCUCAGCCAGGUUGUUUCACCCACUGAGGAGCAAGCACAGGACCCAGAGGACGAAUCGAGAACGAAGGCAGAAGAGAUCAAAGAUGCCAUCUACGUGACCAUGGAAAUCCUGUCCAACUGGGGCAGCGCGUCGUGGGUGGGUCUCACGGAAGUUGAGUUCUUCGACCUGAACCACACAAAACUUUACGUGUCGCCUCAUGACGUGGAUAUCCGGAGCGCGGACACGCAUGGGGACCUGGGCCACCUGGUCAAUAGGAACUUAGCUAGCAAGCAAGAUUCUUCCUUGUGGACGUGCCCCUUCCACCCACCACUCCAGCUCUUUUUUGUUAUCCGCAACACGAGACAGCUGCGUGACUUUGGUCUAACCAAGAUCAAGGUUCGGAAUUACUGGACGGCUGACGGCGAUCUUGACAUGGGAGCCAAGAACGUGAAGCUUUAUGUCAACAAAGAUCUCAUCUUUGAUGGCCAGUUAGACAAAGGAGGUGGAGAGGCCCCCGCUGACCAGAGCAUCCUGGUGGGCCUGCAAAACGAGAGAAUGGAGAACAGCAUUACCACCCACUCGGAAGAAAGCAAAGGUGCCUGCAAGAUGGCUGGCACAGACGGGGACGAGAUGCUCGAUGUCAGCGAUGCGCAGCCAGCUGGAGCAGCGGAGGAUGUGAAGGUUUCUUCGCCAGGAAAUUUUUUUGGUGAAAGGAUGAAUUCUCCAGAUUGCACGGAAGACAGUCUGUCCAAGUUAGAGGAAGACUUCAGCUUUUUAGCUGCCCCAGCCUCGCCGGGUGGCAUGCCCAGUGCCCCUCCACACUCUCCACCUGGGGAAUGCCCCGCUCCCCUUGACCGGGAGCUCUCACUGAUCCAACAGCUGGAAAACCUCACGGGCAGAAAAGUCUCUGAGCUGCCAGGGAAAACUCCAUCUUGGUUACAACCUUCUCCUGCAGGGAAAGGCCAGAAGCAGGGAGGCCAGAAAUCAAAACCCCUCUGGCUGAGCCCGGAGAAGCCGCUAGACUGCAGAGGUAGGCUUCUGUCAGACAACGCCAUCCUUGAGGGGUCUGAAGAGACCGAGGCCCAGGAUAAAGGCCCCAGGCGUGAGCAAGGGCGGACAAGCAGCUGGAAUGUCAUUGCCAGUGAGAGAGCCCAGAGGGCAACCCCCAGAGUCUGCAGUGAUGACUUCGACAUCUUUAACCAGUCCUCCCACAGGGAGCAUCCUGCUAGUGGGAGGAGGGGCCUGAGGAAGGAUGCCCUCAGUGGCAGUCAUGGUGACAGACAGCCAGCCAGCAGAGAAAAUGCCUGCGCCACCUGGACACCUCCACGGCCCCGGUGGCGCAGCGAGCAGGAACACACACUCCACGAGUCGUGGAACUCCCUCACCGCCUUUGACCGAUCCCACCGGGGGCGCAUCUCCAACAUGGAGUUCCAGGGGGACAUCCUGGACGAGUUCCUGCAGCAGCAGAAGAGCAGCCGGCGCAGUGACCAGCCGCCCCCCUGGAAGGAGGAGAAGCUGGAGUCCAUGAUAGGGCAGGACCACAGCUCCCUGAAGCCAGAUGACGGGGGUGACUUUAAAAUCCCCGUCUUGCCUUAUGGACAGCACUUGGUCAUCGACAUCAAGUCUACAUGGGGGGACAGGCACUACGUUGGCCUUAACGGAAUAGAAAUAUUCAGUUCCAAGGGCGAGCCGGUGCAAAUUGCGAACAUUCAAGCCGACCCCCCGGACAUCAAUAUCUUACCAGCCUAUGGGAAAGAUCCCCGUGUGGUCACCAACCUCAUCGACGGGGUGAACAGGACCCAGGACGACAUGCACGUCUGGCUGGCCCCCUUCACGCUGGGAAAGUCCCACUCCAUCUCCAUGGACUUCAUGCACCCUUGCCAGGUUGCCCUGAUCAGAAUUUGGAACUACAAUAAAUCGCGGAUACAUUCCUUCCGCGGCGUGAAGGACAUCACGAUGCUGUUAGAUGCGCAGUGCAUCUUCCAGGGAGAAAUCGCCAAGGCCUCGGGAACCCUGACGGGAGCUCCAGAGCACUUUGGAGACACAAUCUUAUUCACGACCGACGAGGACAUUCUCGAGGCCAUCUUCUGUUCUGAUCAGACUUUUGAUUUGGACGUGGAGAGCCUGUGCGGCCUGCAGUGCGAGGAGGCGCUGAGGAGACCCAGCACGGCCGACGGCCAGGGGGAGGAGAGGCCCUACACCCAGGCCGGCUCGUGGGCUGAUGACCGGAUCCCAGAGGUAGAGCUGCCAUACAGGCCCCUUGUCCCUGAAGUCACCACACCAGAGCCGGGCAUCUACCAUGGGAUCUGCCUCCAGCUAAAUUUCACCGCCUCCUGGGGAGACCUGCAUUACCUGGGGCUCACAGGCCUGGAAGUGGUGGGCAGGGACGGCCAGGCACUGCCCAUCAGCCUGCACCAGAUCUCCGCCUCCCCCAGAGACUUAAAUGACCUGCCCGAGUAUACCGACGACUCCCGGACCCUGGACAAGCUUAUUGAUGGAGCCAACAUCACGAUGGAGGAUGAGCAUAUGUGGCUGAUCCCCUUCUCACCGGGGCUGGACCACGUGGUCACGAUCCGCUUCGACAGAGCCGAAAGCAUCGCAGGCCUGCGCUUCUGGAACUACAAUAAAUCUCCCGAGGACACCUACCGAGGGGCCAGAGUUGUCCACGUCUCCCUGGAUGGCUUGUGCGUCUCCCCUCCCGAGGGCUUCCUCAUCCGGAAGGGGCCAGGCAACUGCCACUUUGACUUUGCUCAAGAAAUCCUCUUUGUGGACUACCUGCAGGCCCGACCGCUGCCCCAGCCAGCCCAGAGACUGGACACGAAGAGCCUGGAGCGGGCAAGCAUGGACUACGAGGCGCCCCUGAUGCCUUGCGGCUUCAUUUUCCAGUUUCAGCUCCUGACCAGCUGGGGUGACCCCUAUUACAUCGGUCUGACCGGCCUGGAGCUGUAUGAUGAGCGGGGAGAGAAAAUCCGUCUGUCGGAAAACAAUAUCGCCGCCUUCCCUGACAGCGUCAACUCCCUAGAGGGCGUGUGUGGAGACGUCCGGACCCCCGACAAGCUCAUCGACCAAGUGAACGACACAGAUGACGGCAGGCACAUGUGGCUGGCCCCCAUCCUGCCCGGUCUGGUGAACCGGGUUUAUGUGAUAUUCGAUCUGCCCACUACGGUGUCAAUGAUCAAACUGUGGAAUUACGCGAAAACACCCCAUCGAGGGGUGAAGGAGUUUGGCCUCCUGGUGGACGACUUACUCGUGUACAAUGGGAUCCUGGCUAUGGUGGGCCACCUGGUUGGGGGCAUCCUGCCCACGUGUGAGCCCACGGUGCCCUACCACACCAUCCUCUUCACUGAGGACACGGACAUCUGUCACCAGGAGAAGCACACGGCCAUCAGUAAUCAGGUGGAGGAUCAGGACGUCCAGAUGAUGAAUGAAAACCAAAUCAUUACCAACUCUAAAAGGAAGCAGAGUGCAGUUGACCCAGCCUUGCGCCCCAAAACCUGCAUAAGUGAGAAGGAGGCAGCGAGACGGUGGCGGUGUUGACUGGCCAAGGAGAAGGAGCUGGUCCUCAGUCAGGGUGGGGCUCCGCCACUGGCCCCCACUUGGCACCCAUGUCCCCCGCCCUCAGGCCUCCGUGUCAGCAGCCCACACCCCAGGGGCAGGAUGGGAAUGGCAGCGUGGAGGGGGAUUGGUGGGGAGAAAGGACUCACAGGGGGACAGCCCUGGGAAAUGCCAGAGUUUCAGGCAGGAGGAGGAAGGGAUGUAGUGUGGACUUCCACUGUCCCCUGCAGUUCUGGGGCCACUGCAGGGGGCCCGGGGGAACACCUGGCUCAGUGCCUCUCUGGUGAGAUCCAGCAAAGCAGGGCCCACAUCCGGUCAGGCCUGUCAUGGGGCCCUUGGGCUGGGUCUGACUCCAGGCAGACAGUGAGGUGGACUGGGAGUGCCCCGUCAGCCUUCCCAGAGCCUGGAGCAUGGCUGAACAGGGUGGGAGGAGACCAGGCCUCAAACACCCACACCAGUAGGCAUGAGACCCUGCCUUCAGAGGCCCAAGCUGAAGCGCCAGCACCCCCCACCACCACCACCCUCACCACCACAUCCCUGCCUCACCUGGGGGCGGGUGCAGCUGGCUGAGAGGGUGGAUUUUCCACUGGAUCCACAGAUGUCUGACCAGGCUACAACCCCCUCCCUCAUCCGGGGUCCCGCCCAGGCCCAGUUGAGAAGGAGGGAUCCCCUCAGGGGCAUUAGUCCUGCAGGGCCUCCGUCCUCUGGUCAAGCCUGAGAAGGACUCGGUCAAGGGCAUGUGUCCCGCUGAGGAGCAGAGGCAGCUGAACCACCCGCUGCUCAGAGCUGGCCCCACCCGCGCAUGUGGGCGCCCGUCUCUGAGGUACGGCCAGGCCCAGAUAGGAUAGGUGGGCAGCUUCAGACCCCAGAGGGCCAGGAGGGCCCAUCCAGAUGCCCUCUGGAUGCAGGGCUGGGGGGACAGAGGACCAGUGCCACAGCCAACCUCCCCUUCCCACCUGACCUAGUCUGGAGGGCAGUGGCCCGCACUAUACUCCCUGCAGCGUCCCUUCGGGCUGAUCCAGGCUUUUCUAGCUUGCUGUGUGCCCUGGGAGUCUGGCCCCCACCCCUUCUCCCUCUUCCAGCAGCUUCCCAGCAAGUUGGAAACGUGCCUUGCAUCCCCUGCCGCGUGAAGCCCAGAACGCAUCUACUUCCAUCUGUAGAACAAGCUCAGAUCCGGGGCCUAAUGGGUUUCCCAGUGCUGGGUAAUUUCUCAUUCCAAAUAUUAAUCCCCUGUUUUCCUGGCGCCCAGCCCAGCCCCACCGUGGUACUGUACUCAAAGAACGUUCCUAUGGAACUGAGAGCCCCGGAAAAUGCUUUAUGAGCCUUGCAGCUUCAGCCAAGCAGCCUUGCAAAUACGCUUUUCAUUUGGAGCGGGGCAGAUGUGAAGAUAAGAAUUUGUUUCUCCCAGAGAAGAUCCAUCAUUUCUGUAGCUUCUGAGCCCCCAGCUUUUCGGCUUCUCCACUCACCUCCCAGAUGUAGCAAGCGUCUCCUGGCUCCGAGGAGAGCUGACGCCUGGAGGAGCCCGGGGUGCUAAUCGAACCAGCUUUCAGUGACCAAAACCAGUGCUGUAGCUUUAAGGGGAGCCCAGCCUUCCUUCCCCACCCGAGGCGUGUGUGCAGGUCAGACGUGUCAGGGAGUUUGCAGGAACACCACAUACACUUGCUCCAGGAAUCUCAGUUGAUGUUUAUAAUAAUUGUAUGUACCGUGCAAUUUAGGAGUGGGACAAAAAGCUGUACAGGCAUUAACUCUAAAAUAAAUUUCUAUUUUUUUUCUCUUGCAAGAUCAAUAAAAGAUGUUAAUUAAGAA